CCGACAUUCGAUCUAGAUAGUAUCUAUGUCUAUCCGUCUGAUGUAGAGAGGAGGAGACCAUGCCCAGGAUCCUGAAGAAAUCUACUAGAGCUAGUAGAGCAUCAAGACGACAGGAGUUGGAAGAUGACGAUGGUGAUAUCGACGAAGGAUCCUCUCAGCCCAACUUAUCGAAGCGAUGUCUUCGAGGUUUGACGUAUGUCCUGGUAGUGUUGACGCCAACCUUGACUCUUCUCACGAUCAUUUGGGAAAACAAACACAUACUGCAGCUUCCUAUGGGAGAACUCAAGGUGAUGGUCUUGGGAGGAGAUAUCAAUUCCACCAUCAGUACUACUUUAUCGAAUGCAAUUGCUUCUUCUACUUCGGCUACCUUCACUACUACCGGUACAACACCAUCCACCACACAACCCCAUGUUGUUUCCUAUUUUGAUCUCCAAGACGCCGUGUACAAGAUGAGCCAACAACCGGAUGAACUCAAGCCUUCCAUCAAACAACGACGGACCCAUUCGGCCUACAAUCGUGCUACAGUCGUGAAAACCAGUACCCCCUGGUUUACCAAACGCAAACUCUGUCAGGCGUCCUGUUGUGUCGAGACGGUGGCCAUUUCCUUGCAACAAGACGACAGUAACAUUAUCAAAAAUAGAGAUGGAUUUGAUCUUGCCGAUCUCAUGGUACCCAAUAAACAAACUACCGGCACGGAUUACAUCCAAUAUCACGCAUCCCGUCUCCAAACACAAAUGUUACCCUGUCUGGUCCCCGGCACGGUCAUUACCAUUGACAAUCAUCGUCGUCUCUGGCUCGAAUUCUUUGACCAGCAACGCAAAUUUAUCAAAGUCCCGUACGUUCUCUUGACGACCUGUUCCGAUGGCAAUGCUCCCGAUCGCAUGAUUGCGCAGUACAUGGCCGAUCCCUUGCUCCUUCAAUGGUACGGAUCCAAUCCCAAACAUACUCUACAAAAUGCCAAUUUUCAACGACACAAAUCCAAAUUCAAGGCAUUCAAUUUGGGACUCAGCAGUGUCCACGAACAAGAAAACUACCUGUGGCCCUAUCUCAAGUUGACCAACUUUACCAAUCCAUUCCAAGACAAAUCCAAAUUUAGUUUGGCGACUGUUGAUUUCGAGAAGGACGUCUACGUGCAGUUUGGCACACGACGACCUCAUCGACAGCAAUUGUGGAAUGUCCUGUGCAACAAUACUAGUAGUACUGCAACCACAACAACCAGCACAACCACAAACAGCUGUCGCAACAGCAAUACCGAAAAGGUGCCACCCCAUCACAUUUAUGCCGACAUGAGUCGCUAUCGCUUUGGAAUUAGUCCUCCCGGAUUGGGAUACGAUUGUUAUCGAACCUACGAAAUGCUACUCUUGGGCGUGAUUCCCAUUGUCGAAGAACGCAAUCCGGAAUCCUACCAGCUUUUUGAAGGAUUGCCCGUCAUUCACAUGGCAAACUUGAGUGAGGCGACCAGCAAACAAGCAUUCGUACAAGUCAUUCAAGACUACCUUCAAAGUGAUGCAUUUCGUUCCACGUCAUUUGAAGCGGGAUGGCAACGACUCUUUUUGCGACAUCGACGACGACGGAUAUUGGCGGCCACGGGACGGGAUCAAGAGAUUCUCACCGAUGAACAGGGGAAUGAAUAUUAUCAAGCUUAUCACUACACAGUGGUGAAUGACAAUAAUUAUGCCAUGGGAGGAGGAGGAGACGAAGGAAAGGAUAACUUUCAAACUGUCAUGGAUUGGGUGACCAAGUGGGAAAAACUACAACAAAAGUCAUAGCACGCACUGACGAAAGUACUCACUUGACCGAUGAUGCAAUCAAUCAACCACCUCUCUUACUACUGAGGAUCUUGGGGAUGUCCUUCUACACUUGCAGAGAGACCAGCAUCUUGCAUCCUCUCUGCAAUCUAGCUAGCUAGAAAAGUCCGCCACCAAGUAGAACGAGCAAGACUUUGUAUGCACAGACCAAGAAUUUUUUUGCAACUUUUGCUUUAUAGUGGAUGAUUGCAAGAGGCAGCGUUUAGAAAAAGGCCUCGAUUGCCAUCGGAUGGAUUUUGCUAUGGUGUGAAAUAAUAUGAAAUCAUGGGUCUUCAAGUGUUGUGUUUUGUUGUUGUUGUUGUCACUUCUGCCGGUAUGUCUACUCCUUUGCUCUAGUGAACUUGGUGGCCUUCUUGACCCUGGCCAUGAGCGAUCCCAUCUUGCUGUGCUGCUUCUCGAGUCCUUGGGCAAUCUUGGCCAACUCCGCCUCUCUCUUCUCCGCGGCUACUUGCGCAUUGACCUUCUCAAUGCGAGCAAGCGAUGGGGAUGGAAUGGUGCGGUUAUCCAUCUCCUUCUUGAGCUCUGUGAAUGUCAUUGUAGCACCCUUUGGUUCUUCCUUUUCAAUGGUUGGGCUGACUUCAACUUCCUUGCGUUUUUGUUCGCGUUUGGCCAUAUCUUCCUCAAUCAGCUCAGCAUGGCGAUCCUGGUUGGCGACACUUUGCAAGUCAUCAAAGAAGAGAGUGCUGUGAAUGUCAGCGCCUAUGUUGGUGAUGACGUCCGAGAGGUCGCGGACAUCGCGUUCCACAGGCUUGUGCUUCAAAACACCAUCAGGGACAUCAGAGAAGAACAAGGUACGAUUAAUGCUGUCAACAACGGAGGUCAUCUUGAACGCUUUUCUUUGUUAGGCAAGAUACUAUUUGCUUGAGAUGGGAAUUGUGAGAGACACCUUUGGCCGAAAGUAUUGAGUGCUUCCAAACAACGGUCAUCGCUUUUGGGGGCUGGCCAGUGGACAAAGAAUUUUGGAAUAUACAAAAUGGAACCUACAACGGUUUGUUCUGUGGUCCCUUCGUUGGUGUGUUUUCACGAUAUCCUGCUGUACGGUAUGAUACGAGUAGACUGCCUGUCACAGUCUGUUGAUGGGCCAAGCACAGCAACAGAAACUUGCUUCCAACGCAUCUUUUGUGGGGAAUUUCCUGCCUUGCGAAUCCCGGGAAGGAGGGUUUUUUUUUGCGUCAACGGGCCCAUCCACCAGCGAGCGCG